AUGAAAUUUUAUAGAAACUUAAAGAUUCAUUUACAUGCACUGCGACGGUUAAUGCAGGGCGGUCCCGACCAUCCAAAGGCACCACUCGGAAAUAAUUUCCGACCACCUCAACCGCUUUUACAUCGACCUGUGAGAACAAACAUCGACUUUCGUAGUAAACAGCCCAACGGAAAAGCAUGUCCAACGAUGUAUAAGGAUGUUCAUUACAAAGGUGAGGCAACAUUUUUGUUACUAGGAGAAAAAGGAAAAAAAUAA